CCAGCUUUCCGCGCUCACUUCACAUCGAGGGAACAUUCUUUUAACAUCCUGGAAAAAGCUCAGUUGAAUUUGGACAUGUUGCAGCCGCCAAUGAAGCAAGCACUGAUCCUGCUGGUGGCCGCUUGCGUGGCCUCGGUUUUUCCGACAGCGCGGGGAACUUCGCACCUGAUGUUCAACGCCAACCUGACGGUAUCUGUCACCGAUGCGGGCUGCGAUGAUUCCGUCCUGUGCCUGAGGACACCGGUCGACUGUGACCCCGGAACCGAUCCAUCGUGUCUGUUUGUGUUUUUGAACGCCACCUCGACGGACUCCGACAGCUUCGACCUGUUUGUCGGCCUCAGAGGAUCCUCCGCCGGAAACAUCGCCUUGGGACUCACCAAUAAUGCAUCAGAGGGUAUCUCCCAGCUUUUUGUGUGUGGAAACGGCAACGGCAGCGAGUUCUUCUUCGCCACACGAGACCGAAACAACCAAGAUGGAACUCUUACGCCAAAUGAGAGGAACACGACAGAGAUUCGGGGUACCACAACUGACUCACUGAUCGAGUGUAACUUCGUCAUUCCAAACGUCAACACCACCAACAAAGGAGAGAUGUUGGACGGAACCACCGCUGUUGUCCUCCUGGGAAAUGGAACAGGCACCAAUGCCAGUAUGGUCGAUGACUUUACCAUCGUUAUGAACCUUGGCCGGGUGAAUCUCACCAGAGCGGACGGUAUCAUCACUAUGGAGACUCUCGACAUCAACCGGGAAGAAUGUGGCAUGGAAAAAAUAUGCUUGGAGUCUCCGGACAACUGUGAUCCUCAAAUGGACAACGCUUGUCUGUUUACGUCUGUGGCUGCCCAAACGCAGGGCGCUGGGCCUGCCUUCAACCUGUUUGUGGAACUCACCGGAAACGGAGGAUACAUCGCCAUGGGACUCAGCGAGAAUUCAUCUGUGGGCAUCAGCACGCUUUAUUUGUGUGGAAUAAACGGCAGCAAUGAAAACAGUUUCUUCUUCCUCACACUGGACAGAAACAACAGUGAUAUGACUACUUCCCUAAGCACUGCGGAAGUAGACGGCCUCAGCUAUAUGGUGAUGAACACAUCCAUUCAAUGUACUUUCACCAUCCCAAAUGCAAACGUGGCUCUCACCAGAGAGGGAACAGUCAGCACUCCCGGCGCUUUAUGCUUGGGAAAUGGAACCUUGGAUGGAAACGGUGCCGUUAAUCCCCUUGCUGUUGCUGCUGAUAUACGGGUGAAUAUCACCACCCCGAACGGUACCACCCCGGACGGUACAACCCCGAUGUUGAACAUCAACCGAGACGGCUGCGGUGUAACCAUUCUGUGCCUGGAGGAACCAGACAACUGCGACCCUGCAUCCGACGAGGAUUGUCUCUUCGCGUCUAUCAACGUCACCAGUACUGAACCCAUCACCGCGACUGUCAGGCUCAGUGGAAACUCGUCAGGAUACAUAGCAGCUGGAAUCACCCCGAACAUGUCUGAGGGCACCACCUUGCUUUUUGCCUGUGCCCAAAACAAUGGGAAUGUUUCCUUCAUAGUGGCGAACCUAAACAACACUGAUGGGACCAUCACUGCAGACGACAGGGUAGGUCUUCCAUACCAAACAAUUAGGGUGUAUCUCCCGCUUUACUCCUCACUGUUACCAUACACACACACACACACACACGCAAGGUUAGUAAAAUAAUGUUUCACGUGCUUGUCUGUCACAGACGGUAGAUAAUGAUGUCACGGUGCAAGGCACAUCCAUCCAAUGCGAGUUUAACUUCACCAAUUUGGAGCCUAGACAGAUUUUGGAGACCGGCCUUGCUUAUAUCUUGCUGGGAACUGGAGACUUUAAUG